UAGCAGCAACCACCAGUGCCUCAAAGACUCUUUGAUCAACAAACUCUAGCUGAUCAGUGCUAGCUAAGUGUUAACAGCACUCUUCUCACAGAGAUCUAUUCCUCAUCAAUUAGAACUACAAGCCAUGGAUUCACCAAGGUCUAGCCAUUACAGAGGAGAGGAACACGAGAGGGGGGAGAUACAGAAGCAGAGGAGGCCGAAGCCGUCCAGUUCCUAGCCAAGUUGUUCGUAACUCUAUCCCUUGUAUUUGUAGUUGCCGUGUUGCCUGGCUACCGAGCAGCCCAAGCCCAGUAGUUAUGGCCCAUUGUCGAUCCCAUGGGAGAGCAGGGGAAGUCGCUAACACUAAGCUUGCUACAUAGCAAGCCAUGGGUUACUCCAAAAACCUAGGGGCUGGCCUGUUUGCCAUGCUGCUCCUUGCUCCGGCCGUCCUAGCCUCGGACCCUGACCCUCUCCAGGACUUCUGCGUUGCCAACCUCAACGGCAAGGCGGUCUCGGUGAACGGGCAUCCAUGCAAACCCUUGUUAGAGGCCGGCGACGACUUCCUCUUCUCGUCCAAGCUGGCCAAGGCCGGCAACACGUCCACCCCGAAUGGCUCGGCUGUGACGGAGCUCGACGUGGCCGAGUGGCCCGGUACGAACACGCUGGGUGUGUCCAUGAACCGCGUGGACUUCGCGCGGGGAGGCACCAACCCGCCUCACAUCCACCCGCGCGGGACCGAGAUCGGCAUGGUGAUGAAAGGUGAGCUCCUCGUUGGAAUCCUCGGCAGCCUCGACUCCGGAAACAAGCUCUACUCCAGGGUGGUGCGUGCUGGAGAGACGUUCCUCAUCCCGCGCGGGCUCAUGCACUUCCAGUUCAACGUUGGUAAGACGGAUGCCUACAUGGUUGUCUCCUUCAACAGCCAGAACCCCGGCAUCGUCUUCGUGCCGCUCACGCUCUUCGGUUCCAACCCGCCAAUCCCCACGCCAGUGCUCACCAAGGCGCUAAGGGUGGAGGCCGGGGUCGUCGAACUUCUCAAGUCCAAGUUCGCUGGUGGGUCUUAAUCCUUGGCAGCUUUCCCUAAAAUGGUCUCAGUAUAUAAUUGGAUAUAUGCAUGCCAGUGAAAUUUAAUAAUUGUUCAGCAGAAGACACGUAUUCAAGCUUCUAGCUAAGCUCGCAUGCAGUUGUAAUAAGAUUGAAUAAGUUAGCCUCGCGGUUUAGCCUUCAGAGCCAAUACGAGGAAUCAAAAUGUACUACUUUUUAUUGUCGUAUUUGUAUUGUCGUAUUUGUUCUUUUCGUUGAACGGAAUAUAUAAGUAUCAUUUUCAUAUA